GUGAAAACAAGGUCAUCGCUUACAUCAUGGGUAGCCCUUGCAGUGGCGAAUCUGAAUCGGAGGAGGAUGAUGAUGAUGAUGAUGAGAUGAUGAUGAUGACUGGGAUAGUAAUGAUGAUGAUGAUGGCUUUGAUAGUGAAGGCUCAUCCCACUACUCCGAUUCGGAGGACCUUGAUGACAGCGACGAUGAAUCCGAGGAAGAUUCAGAUGGAGAGGAAGGCAACUCUGAGGCUGAGAGACUGUGGAAUUCUCUGUGCCAAAACGGGGAUCCUUAUAAUCCAAGGAACUUCACAGCUCCUAUAAGGACAGCCACCAAGCCAAGCCCUGCGACUACAGACUCGCCGGUCUCAGAGUCUCCACCAGCUCAUAUGUCCUCCCAGCCAUCUUCGCCUUCGUCAUCAUCACCCUCACUUUCAGAGAAUGAGUCCAGCGAAGACGUCUGCGAGAUGGACGAGGAAGAGAACCGGAGAUUAUGGAACUCUUUUAGCUGCUCAGCAGACCCGUACAGCCUCCUCAACUUCCAGGCCCCCGUACAGACUAAGAAACCCCCCAAAGGGUGCCGUAAGGAGAAAGCGCCUGGAACGCCACGCUAUAAGAGAGAGGAGGCUGAGGAGAGGCUGGACAGUGGAUUCUCAGAGAUUUCCCCUGUGCCAUGCUCAAGCAGUGCCACAGCCAUUCACUUGAAGAAGGUGACAUUUGUAGAGGAGGUGGAGGAGUUCUAUGCCAGCAGCGACGAGGACCGUCAUGGACCCUGGGAAGAAAUUGCUCGCGACCGCUGUCGUUUUCGGCGUCGUGUUCAGGAAGUUGAAGAGACUAUAAGCUUCUGCCUUUCUCCUAAUUUUCGCCUGGACAUUUUUCAAAGACUCUUCAGUUCUAGCUAAUUAAAAAAAACUUGUAUGGCAGUAAAUGUAAACAAUAAAUGACAAAUUAUAUAUAUAUAUAUAUAUAUAU